AUGCCGCCGGAAUUUUGUGUCACAACUGCACGAAAUACUCCGCGUUUUUCCACGAAAACUGCGUCUAAACUCCGUGCAAAAUCUGGAGAGUAUGAAGAGUUACGAGAAAGUUCAUAUACAAAACUUUUGAAUAAUGGCACAUUGGUACUACAACACGUAAAGGAGGACAGAGAAGGCUAUUACCUCUGUCAAGCUAGUAAUGGGAUUGGUACUGGUAUUGGCAAAGUAGUACAACUGCGAGUAAACUCUUCGCCAUAUUUUGCUGCACCUUCGAGACUCGUAACAGUCAAAAAAAGUGAUACUGCAACACUUCACUGUGAAGUACAUGGUGAUAAACCUAUUACAAUCAUUUGGCUUAAAGGUGGAAAAAUUGAACUGAAUCCUUCAACAAACUACAGGUAUUGA